GCGACGCGUUGCUGUGUUCCCGGCUGUGAGCAGGUGCUCCUACCUGACGAUCAUUCGACAGGAAAAGGCCAUUUUCAGACCGAGAGCAGCGAGGAGCAGAGAGGAGGCGAACCGGAGAACCGGAGGGGAGAAGCGGACAGGAGGAGCUGCAUGGCGGCGGCUGUUUCUGCGGGAGGACCGGCUCCCAUCAUGGAGAACGGACAGACCAGCAGCACCAGCAGCACGACUCUGACCACCACCAAACUGGGCCUGCCACCACUCACCCCCAACCAGCAGGAGGCGCUGCAGAAGGUGGCAGCUCAGCGGCAGAGAGCUCUGGCCAUCAUGUGUCGGGUUUAUGUGGGCUCCAUCUACUACGAGCUGGGAGAGGACACCAUCAGACAGGCUUUCAUCCCCUUUGGACCAAUCAAAAGCAUCGACAUGUCCUGGGACUCCAUCACCAUGAAGCACAAGGGUUUCGCCUUCGUGGAGUAUGAAGUCCCAGAAGCAGCUCAGCUGGCCCUGGAACAGAUGAACUCUGUGGUCCUCGGGGGGAGGAACAUCAAGGUGGGCAGGCCCAGUAACAUCGGCCAGGCUCAGCCAAUCAUUGACCAGCUGGCGGAGGAAGCGCGGGCCUUUAACCGGAUCUACGUGGCCUCGGUGCACCCGGACCUCUCUGAUGAGGACAUUAAGAGUGUGUUUGAGGCCUUCGGACGGAUCAAGUCCUGCAUGUUGUCCCGCGAGCCCACCACGGGUCGCCACAAAGGUUAUGGCUUCAUAG